AUGGCCGGAAUCCGUUUGCAACCGGAGGACUCCGACGUCUCGCAACAAGCGCGAGCUGUUGCCCUCUCCGCCGUCGAUCUGGUCUCCGACGACGACCGCUCCAUCGCCGCUGACUCAUGGUCCAUAAAGAGCGAGUAUGGAAGCACUCUCGACGAUGAUCAGCGCCAUGCCGAUGCCGCCGAAGCUCUCUCCAACGCCAACUUACGUGCAACCUCAGACUACAGUUCUGACAAAGAUGAACCUGACUCUGAAGCAGUUUCAUCAAUGCUGGGAUUUCAGAGUUACUGGGAUGCUGCAUAUACAGAUGAGCUUACAAAUUUUCGUGAACAUGGUCAUGCUGGUGAAGUUUGGUUCGGCGAUGAUGUGAUGGAGGUAGUUGCAUCUUGGACAAAGACAUUGUGCAUUGGCAUUUCUCAAGGUCGCAUUCCAAAUCAUGUUGACGAUGCUAAGGAGGAAACUGGUGAGCUAGAGGAUAAACUUUUGUCUAGUUGGAAUGUACUUGACAUUGGGACUGGCAAUGGUUUGCUUCUCCAAGAAUUAGCUAAACAAGGGUUCUCUGAUUUAACUGGAACUGAUUAUAGUGAACGGGGCAUCAACCUUGCCCAAAGCCUUGCUAACCGUGAUGGGUUUCCCAACAUCAAAUUUUUGGUUGAUGAUGUCCUUGAAACUAAGUUGGAACAAGUGUUUCAACUUGUCAUGGAUAAAGGGACACUUGAUGCUAUUGGAUUGCAUCCUGAUGGUCCUGUCAAGAGAAUGAUGUAUUGGGAUUCUGUUUCAAGGCUGGUUGCUUCUGGUGGAAUACUUGUGAUAACAUCUUGCAACAGUACGAAGGAUGAGUUAGUACAAGAAGUGGAAAGUUUCAACCAAAGAAAAAGUGCUACUGCCCUGGAACUUGAGGUAGCCAAGGAUGAUGAAUCAUGCAGAGAACCUCUAUUUCGAUAUGUCAAUCAUGUCCGCACAUAUCCAACAUUCAUGUUUGGUGGAUCCGUAGGCUCCCGCGUUGCCACAGUGGCAUUCCUUCGGAAGUGA